AUGUCCGACAUUUCCACAUAUAAUGGCUCCUGCGUCUUAGCAAUGGCUGGAGAUCACUGCGUUGCUAUUGCAUCAGAUCGCCGUUUAGGUGUAAAUAUGUUAACAGUUUCAAAAGAUUUCAAGCGCAUUUUUCAAAUUAAUGAUCGCAUUUACUUAGGCCUUGCUGGUCUUGCUACAGAUGUUUUGACUGUUAGAGAGCAGCUUCGCUUUGACGUUAACCUUCUCGAACUUCGCGAAGAGAGACCUAUUGAUCCUAAAAAGUUCAUGAAUCUCGUCAAAUCAACUUUAUAUGAAAAACGCUUCUCACCAUUUUUCGUUACUCCUGUUAUUGCUGGCCUUCUUCCAGAAACAAAUGAACCAUAUUUAGCUGCUUCUGAUUCAAUCGGCGCUUUUGCUUUUCCAAAGGACUUCGCAGUUGCUGGUACUUGCGAGGAAUCCCUCUACGGUAUCUGUGAAAGUGCUUGGCGUCCAAACAUGAACCCAGACGAACUUUUCGAAUGUACAGCUAAAUGCCUUAUUGCUGCUGUUGAGCGUGACUCCAUCUCCGGUUGGGGUGGCAUUGUUUAUAUUAUUACACAGGACAAAGUUAUCAUUAAGGAGAUUAAGACUAGAAUGGACUAA